GACUUUUUUGUUCUCAGAACAAGGAAAACAAUCCCUUCCCUUCUCCAGUCCCCUGAUAAGAGUUUCUGUCCAAUAACGGUGCUCUCUGCUCUGAGGCACAUUUAGCUGAGAAGUCUGCAGCGGGAGAGGCUUUCCUUCAAGCUGUUAGUGUUUUAUCCUGGCAGGCUCCUCGAGAUUGUUGUGAGGAGUCUAGCCAGUUGGUGAGCUUUGUAAUCUAAACCAGCUGUCCCAGGCUGAGGCCCCCAUUUGCAUUGUUUAACAUACUUAGAAAAUGAAGUGUUCAUUUUUAACAUUCCUCCUCCAAUUGGUUUAAUGCUGAAUUACAGAAGAGAACUAAGCAAAACCAGGUGCUUUCUCUGUAUUCUCUCCAGUGUCUGAGGAGGUACGGACCGCUCCCGAUCUUCUCCGUUACUUGCUCUUUCAUUCUUUGGACUAUAAAUGACUGAGGAACUGAAGGGCUAGCAGAGGGUAAUGUUUGGAAACACUUUCUAGUUAUUCAUCAGCACAAGCUCUGUUUUUUUUCCACCUUUCCCCAACUGUUUUGGACAUGCAAGGAUUAAAAAGGAUACUGACUGCUUUCACACUGACCAUCUGCCUUUCGAGCCCUGGAAAAGCACAGCAACAAUGCACUAAUGGGUUUGACCUGGACCGUGCCUCUGGGCAAUGCUUAGAUAUUGAUGAAUGUCGGACUAUUCCUGAGGCCUGUAGAGGAGACAUGGUGUGUGUCAACCAAAAUGGUGGCUACUUAUGUGUACCACGGACAAAUCCAGUGUAUCGAUCACCAUAUCUGAAUCCUUAUUCAAAUAUUUAUCCACCACCCCCAGCACCAGGCCCUGUUCCUAACUACCCUACUGUCACAAGACCUCUGAUUUGUCGAUUUGGUUACCAGUUGGAUGAAAACAAUCAGUGUGCAGAUAUUGAUGAAUGUGCUUCCGAUUCUCACCAGUGUAACCCCACCCAGAUCUGCAUCAAUACUGAGGGGGGAUAUACCUGUUCCUGCACUGAAGGCUACUGGCUGCUAGAAGGCCAGUGUUUAGAUAUAGAUGAGUGCCGUUACGGCUACUGCCAGCAGCUGUGUGCCAACGUGCCUGGCUCCUACUCUUGUACAUGCAACCCAGGCUUUACCCUUAAUGAUGAUGGAAGAUCAUGCCAAGAUGUGAAUGAAUGUACAGGAGAAAACCCUUGCUCUCAGACUUGUGUCAAUACCUACGGCUCUUUUCUCUGCCGCUGUGAACCUGGCUAUGAACUGGAAGCUGAUGGAGUUAACUGCAGUGACAUGGAUGAAUGCAGCUUCUCAGAGUUCCUCUGCCAGCACGAAUGUGUGAAUGCGCCUGGUUCUUACUACUGUGUCUGUCCUUCGGGCUAUAACCUGCUUGAUGAUAGCAGGAGCUGCCAAGAUAUCAAUGAAUGUGAAAUUAGAAACUUCACCUGCACUCUACAGCAAACGUGUUUCAAUAUCCCAGGAGAAUAUAAAUGUUUAGACCCAGUAAGAUGCGAGGAACCUUAUAUCCAGAUAAAUGAGAACCGCUGCAUGUGUCCAGCUGAAAACCCUGGCUGCAGAGAUCAGCCAUUCACCAUCCUGUACAGAGUCAUGGACGUUCUGUCUGGGCGGUCAGUGCCUUCUGACAUCUUUCAGAUGCAAGCAACAACUCGCUACCCUGGAGCCUAUUACAUCUUCCAAAUCAAAUCAGGGAACGAGGGCAGGGAAUUCUACAUGCGGCAAACAGGACCGAUCAGUGCUACGCUGGUGAUGACCCGCCCCGUGAAAGGGCCCCGCACUGUUCAGUUGGACUUGGAAAUGAUCACUGUUAACACUGUCAUCAACUUCAGAGGAAGCUCUGUCAUCCGGCUGAGGAUAUUUGUAUCACAGUACUCAUUCUAAACCUUGAGUUGGUGCCCAGUAAACAUUAAAACCAAAGACAUGGUUCCUCCUCUGCAGAACUCUCUCCUCAGAAGCCAGUACAUAUAGCAGCUCAAAACCAAGUCAGUAUUUCCACAGACCCAGUGACCUAUGCCUGUCUGAGGAGGGAGGCUUCUUCAUGCACACCCCACCAGGAUGCAGACCUCUGACGAUGUAUCGGCAGCAGAUCUCAUCUGAUUUUCUACGUGGUCAUAUAUUUUAAGGACUCUUUUUUUCCACUGUAAACAUUUCUAGGGUAUGAGUCUGUGUUUCAAAGACUGUGAACAUUUGUAGCUCCAAGGCUGCUUAGCAAAAAGCACCAAGAAACUGCAGAAAAAGCUGGCUUUUGCAAUCUUGCAUAUUUUUUUCAUUAUAAAUGGAAAGCUGACAAACAAGUGAAAACCGGAAAAAAAAGCCACCUAUUGAAACAAGGGAUCUCAGAAGUGCUAAUUUACAUUUCCAAUUAACUUUGAAAUUAACAGUCAAGCACUUUGUUUCAAUUCACUCUGCAUUUGUCUUACUUUCUCCUGCUUUUCUUUGAUUCUAUUUUAUACUUAAAAUUCAUUGUAAAUUCAUUCCAAAAUACUUGUUGUACUAUGUAAUCUUCUACUUUCUACAAACAUGUCACAUCUUUGGGUUCCUUCCUGUAUUAAAUCGUUCUGUAUAACAGAGCUCAUAGAAAUCCAUCACUGGAUGGCAUGUUUUACUCUGAUUAGGGUGUUAUGCUUAGUUACAGCCAGGCUCUUUGACACAGGUCUCCACUGCCAGAAUUGUGUCCAGGGACUUCAGAGCAGAUGUGAAUCAGAACUUUUCACUUUUUUUUCAGUGUAAUAGUUGCAAACAGUUUGUAAUGGUUGUAAGGUAACAAUACUAACUUCGUAGUUAAGGCUGCAACUAACCUCUUGUUCAAAGACCUCUCAGUUCAGAUGUGUCCAAAUUCCUUCAGGGAAAGAAAUAAUAAUUAUUCUGUUUGCACAGAGUCUCUCUCCUACCUUCUUAAAAUUAAGGAAAACGAACUGAAAAGGACUUGGAAUAGUCGUAUUGUUCAUGCCUCUGCCACAAAGCAGGCCCAGCUAUGCCAAUACCCAGACCUCAAAUGAUGGGAUCCCACAGUUUCCAUAGGUAAUGUCUUCUCAGGUAUAACUGCUGUAACCAAUAGAAAGUUUUUCCUAAAGUCUAAUCUGAGUCUCCCCUGUUGUAAUUUAAAUCUAUUGCUUUUUAGUGUACUUCCAGUAGAAAUAGAGAACAGUUUAUCUUCCCCUUUGAAACAGUCUUUAACAUGUCUGAAGACUGUUGUCACGUCUCCCCUCAGACUGUUCCUCUCUAGUCUAAACAAACUCAAUUCUUUUGGUCUUUCCUCAUACAUCACAUUUUCUGGACCUUUGAUCAUUCUUGUUGCUCUUAUCUGGAUUCUCUCCAGUUGGUUCACAUCUUUCUCAAAGUGCAGUGCCCAAAACUGUGAAAAGUAUUCCAGCUGAGGCCUCACAGUUCUAGACUAAAUAUAUAUAUAUAUGUUACUAAAUAUAUAUAUAUAUGUUUGAAAAUAAAAUUAUAGUUUGGGGUAUUGUCCUCAUGUUGUUAAAAUCACUGGCAGUUCAGUGUUUUAUUUACUAAGGACAAGGCUUCAUAUGCUUUGUUCUAAAUUUCUCUGAAGCAAGUACUUGCUUUUUUCCCCUCACUUUUUCCUUAUUGUGUUGUUUGCUGUUGAGCCUUGUUAGCACAAAAGAGAUAACCUUUGCUGAGUCUUUCGGAGGACUGGAAUUGCUUGAUGCUACUUGGGAAAGGGAGUUUAUGAUGAUUAUAGCAUGAAUAGACUGAAGCAGAGUAGGUCUUCAUACUUACACAGGGGUCUUCAUUAAAGUCAAGUAUUAAAUGGGAGAACACAGAAUCAGAAAAGUUAUCACAACUCAGGCUGCAUGAGACUUUUGUGUCAGCUGACUCUUGCUCUCAAUAAGCUCUACAAGUUAGUCUGGGGUUGUUUUUUCUCUGGGUAUAGAAGUGACUGCUCUUUUUGCUGGUACUUAGCUUGAGGAAGUCCUGAUGCAAUGGCCUACAACAGCUAAAAGCUGAGUUGAGUGUGCUUUAGCAGUUUCCACUUCUUAAUAAAGUUUUCUCCUUGCUGCUGCAACAUGCUAGGCUCCCGUGGCUCAGAGCUCUGCACACAGGCUGUCUUUUACUACAAAAACAGACCAGCUUCAAAUUGACUUUACGCCUUAGGGGGCUAAGCAGAGGGCGGGAAGCCAGUGAGUUUUGUGAGUAGCCAGCUUGGAGGGUACAAAUGUAGAGGAAACAUGCAGGGACAGAGAAAUAUCAGGAACAUGCUUUCUGAGUGUAUUGACGCUCACCAGCUACCAGCAUUGAAGGGGAAAACAGAAAUGAUCAAGAAGGAGGAAUGCUAGUUUAUAACUCUUGGGUCCCAGGUUAUGGGAGGCAGACACAGGAAAUGAGGCUCUGGUAACCCAGGAUGCAGACAUGGGGCAGGCAGUAUCUUAAACUAAAGAUGUUAAACUCUGUGCUGAGUUUUUCCAGAACAUAAAAGCCUUUCUUCACCCCCUUUGUGCCUCCGUGUUAUCACUUCUUCAUGCUCAGUGGAGUCCUUUCUCCUCCUGCUGUCACAUCACCUCCUGGAGAGGAAGUGCACUCUGUUAGUUAUCAGACAGUUCCUCACUUUUGGGCUGUUCUCCCAUGGUCCCUGCAUACCAACCUGGUUUAACCCUAAUUUAGAAAUAUUAAAAAAAUAACAGAGGAAUUCCAUUACUAAACACUUUCUUAAAAGGGUAAGGCUCGAAUGCCUGGUUUUAGCAGCAAAUAUUCAUAAAACAAUAUUACACUUUCUAUAUAAACAUUUUGUGCCUUAAAAAAAAAAAAGUGAAAAGUCUGGAAACAAAGGAAUUCAGCCACUUCUCAAUCGCCAUAACAUCUUUCAUCACUCACUAUCAUUCCAGCCAACUUUAACUUUGCCAAAAUGUAUGCCAAUCUCAAAAUAAUAACUUACAGUUUGUAACAUCUAAACUCCGCAUUUCCUAUUCAAAGAUCUGUUUCCAGUUGAUUGUUACGGGCUCGGGUAUUACAGCAAUUUGUGCCAAAUAAAAAGAAAGGAAUAUGCACGUCAGGGUUUUACAGGAUCCAGUGCUAUAGAGCUGGAUGGGUCUUACCUGACGUAUUUAUCUUUGAAAUACUUUUAGAGGACCGGCUUUUUUUAACCCAGACAACAAAAUGUUAUUUCACUUAGGAGUUUGCUGGAUCCCACAGAAUCACUUUUCAACUUGUGCUUCUCUGACAACAAUAGCUUUGGUGGAAAUAGCUGAGCUUUGAGCCUGCACACCUACCAUCACCAAGGUAGCAUCCGUUGCUGUUCAUGCAAAACCAACAACUUCCUCUUUUUCAAGUGGGGAGCCUAUACCAUAUUUUCUUUUCCUUGUCUCAGCCCUUACAAGAGUCAGCUUUCAUUGUCUCAGAAAUGUGGUCUUUACAUUAGCACAACACAUGUAUUCACUUCUCUCUGUCUAGAACAAGCAGAGCAAAAGAAUCAAUACAUUUUGUGGUCACUCAGCUGAUCCAGUCUGGCUCAUUCACAGAGUUUGCUACUGGAUUUUUUUUUGUAGCAUGUAGCUGUCUUAUAACCUAAUGAAAAUCUCAUAGUGCAAAGGUGUUUCAAAAAUAAAGAAGAAAUAAAAGUAUGCCCUAACAUUAUUUAUGCCUGAAAGGCACCAUUGUUGAAAUAAAUCUGGAUGGAAAAACCCUCAGCUGGUGUUAAUUUGCAUGACUGCUGCUCUUCAAUGGAAAGAUAAAAAGUAUACCGAGGAUCUUCCCUGUGUGUGUAUAAAGCAUUGCAAUGUGUUUGUAUACAAAGGAGAAUUUAUGGAAACUAAAACCAAUGGUAAUGUGGCUUUGCAUUUGGAAGCUAAAGAGUUGUAAGAUGACAUGAUACAAGCAAAUUGUGUAUCCUCCUCUGACACAAGCAUUUACAAGUGACUUAAACUCACCACAUCUGUUUCUUUAUGUCUUCGAACCAUUUCUGACUAGCUCAACCCAAAAGCAGGUGCUAUGCAUGAUAAUUGAGGCUGAUAGUUAUAAUGAGACUUUCUUCAGAAAGUCUGCCCAGAAAAAACCUGUGCUGAAGAGUCUGUGUGAUAGGGAGUGUAAUUGCCCAGAAGUAUUUGUAUGGGGCUGUCUCAGAUCCUGCAGGUGUCCUUUUCCUCACGGUUUCACUGCAGGGUGCAUCUGAUGUUUCUAAGUAUGCAUAUCAGAGGUAGAAAUCUCACCAACUGCCGAUUUUAUUCGUUCAGACCUCUGAGAUCCCUGUAGUGGUUUCCAUUAGCCAAACCGAUCCCUGUGUAACUCAAGUAAUACCAGUGAAAUCACACAAGGGAGAGACUGGAUAACAGGGAGAUACACUUUUAUACUGGUAAGCGAAUAAUGAUGCUGGGUAGCAAAGAAAUCCUUAGAAAGCACUUCAGCAACCAAAAUCUCCCCAAAUAUUCAAUCUCUUUCAACUCCCUACUAGUCCUCCAUUCUCCUUUGUGCAUUUGAUUUGGACAAGUGAUCUCAUUAUGGUCAUGCACUGCAAAUGCAUGCUGAGGGAGCUCCACCUUUUCUCUAGCAUUACCCAACAUAUUUCAUUCUGCUUUCUGGAAAUGAGUUGUAGGCUUUGUGUCUCUUUUAUGUUCUAACUGACCUCUGUUGCUUUUCUCACAGCCAAGACAGACUCUUUAUUUCCCUGCCAGGUUGCUCUGCUCUCACCAUAAGAGCAAGUUCUUCAUGCUUUGCCGGAAAUGCAGACACAAUGCUGGCCCACCUGCUGCUUUUACACCCUUCUCUCUGCAGUGUCAUUAGGCACCCUUACAACAAAGUGGAUAGUUGAAAGAACUGCCCAGCCUGCUGUUGGAGCCUGGUUUCACAAAAAGGAUUUGAGAAAAAAUACCCACUCCACAACUUUGAAGGUAUCAGAAGCUCUCUUAAGUUCUGAUGAGUCACUUUUCCUGAAAUUGGGUCUGUAUCAUGCUGUCGUGACAGUCACAAAGCUUUUAAGAAGCCCUGUAAGAACAUGCUUGUGGAAUACAUCCUUAGACACUUCACACUUCAGAUGGGAUUUUCUCAGUUUCCAAACACUAAUUGUCCCAGCCAGGAAGAGUGCAAUGUGAUCAUGACUACGCUGAAGUCAGUGAUUUCUACCCUAACAUCAGGUCUGGAUUUAAGCCAGCUUUAUUUUAAGUCUUAAAUCUCAGUGUCAGUGGUAUAUAUGUAAACAGAUAUGUAUUAUUUUGACAGUAGACUUGAAAGAUUGUUUCCAGUAAAUAAACAGUAGUAUGACUGCACUAUCUCUUUCUCUGUGGGAACUAUCUUUCGGUACUUCAGUGUCUUCCAAGACAACCCUUGGCACUUCAGGAUUUUCUCUGGUAUUUCAGGCCAUUCACUGAUGUGUUUCCAUGAAUGAUUCCUCACCCCUAGUGUUCAAAGGCCAACUCAGGUGCUUGACACAUUUUUGAACUAUCAAGUUCCAUGCUAGCCUUGGCUUGCACAAGCUCUCACUUUCUUCAUGGAAAUUGUUCCUACAGUUAUCUCUGUAAUCUGUGAGGGUUCAUGCUGACUUCCUUGAGACUCUGCAGCAUUCAUAGUGCAUGCACAUGUGUUUUUCAAGACUGAGACAUUGGUCUGGAGAUUGUUCAUCUCAACUUGCCACAAAUGUUCUGUAUUUGACAUGUGAAAACAUAGCUACAAAGGUUAGUUUUGACAAAAUCCUCAAAACACAUGGUGGUGGGUGUUUUUCCUGUCUGCCUAUAAUACAAACACAAUUCAAAAAUCCAGCUCCAGAGUUCUCCAGUAUGCGUCAGAAAUCAUUGUUCCUAAUAAUUAUUUCAGCCAAUAAACUCAUUUUGUAGAUAAUGCGAAAUGCAAACAGGGAGAUGGAAGGCCUGCCAAGACUACACUGAUUUGUUAUUUGAAUCAAUAUCCCCAAGACAACUUGAAUCUAGUUCAUCAUUUAAAAACAUUCCUUUGUACUUCGACAUCUGAUGUCAUCCAGGUAGGGAAGCAGGGACAGGAACCCUGGCUGCUUCCUAAAGAAAGCCAGCUGCUCUGCAGAGAUCCUGGGACCCCUGCAGCAACCCGAAAGACUUGCCAGCCCUAGUCUGCACCCAGGUCAGUGAAUGAGACACAAAAUUCAUAGAGACUGGUCUCAGCUAGAGGAGAGAUAUCUUCACUGACUUUUUAAUGAUGCCAAAUAGAGAUUUACUAAUAAUGCUGUAGUGGAAAUGCUAUGUCAUGGCUUGAACCAGUGACUGAGCACCCGGUGGGAAGGCAGGGCCAACCCAGGGCCAACUCAAUGCACCUGAGUGACCGUAAGGGGUGGAGCCAGGAUCCACCCCUUCCCAGACCUCAUUUAAGGGUUGGCAGUGGAGGUAAGAGUAUCUUGGUGGAGAUUCCUGUAUACUUGAGGCUUUCUGAAGCAAAUUGCAAGGGCAGCUGAGCCUGAACCAGGUUUGCUAUGUGGGAAUUGAAGGAAUUUACGUCACACAGUUGCUCUCUCAUUUCCAUCACGCAGCUCACUGCAGAGAUGAGGAAGGACCUUCUGCGAUCUGCCCAUGCUCCAGCAUGCAGGUGACACGUGGCUGACCCCUGCAUCCCAGGGAGAGGAACAUCUGCUUGGCGUCAGGCAGACCUCUGUUUUUUUGGGAGAGAGGUCAGCUCUGAAGCUCUGAGCAGAAGCCAGAGAGAUGAUGGCAGGAAAAACACAGGGUAGGACAGUGGUACCUGGCCCUGAGGUCCCCGAAGAUUGAGAAGAGGCAAGUAGCUGGCAGCACUUGGCCAUCUCCUGCCCCUGUUCUGCCAUUUGCUUGGCUGGCCAGUAGCUAGGCCUUGAGGAGACCAGGAAGACCUAGAGAGCUGCAUCUGGUUCCCUUUUCCAUUUUGAAAUAGCAAGUUUGGGGCAGUGUGAUAAGCAAGUAGGACUGGAAUGGAGUCUGGGGAGGCAUCCCAAAUGCCACGAGGUGGCAUCACCUAUCCUGGGGUGAAGGGCACACAAACAGCUCUCCAUCAGUAUUUGUACUGGAAAUGGCUGCUCUUGUGAGGUUUCACUGACUUAGGCCAGAGACGAGUGAGGGGGGUAGACAGUAGGAGUGACAGCCUCCAGCUGCCCACAGCAUUGUGCUGUCUUGUCCCUACAGAGGUGCUGGAACAGCCUGGGGUGGCCUGGCUCCGCUCAGGUCCUGGCUGCCCAGAUGCAGUACUCCCUGCCAGCUCCCUCUGCCUCCUCUCAGAGCAGGCAUGUAGCAAAAAAUAUGUACGUGCAGUUAGGCUCUUGCCUGCAUCUGGACCUUUCCUUCCAACUCAUUUCCAAAUGCAGUGCUGAAAAACCACAGGUUUUUUCUUCUAGCUGGUCGCAGCUAUCGCUCCUUGACAUGCCUUUGAAUCCAAGGAACAAAAAUAGUUAUGUGAGAUCUAUUAUGUCUCUGGCUUGUAAAAUACAACUUCUUACUAGGUUACACUAAUAUUUCGUAAUUCAUUCUUAAUAUUAUUCUUCAAUAAAGCUCUGCACAAACAAUCUAUCCCACAGGAGAAACCUCUGCCAGAACCCAGAUGUCAAACACAUUUGCUUCACAUACAGGAGUUCAUGACCUUUUCUGUUUGUUAAUGUGACGCCAUGGAAAUUAUUUAUAAUAAAUAAGCGUGUUUCAGAGGCAGGUGCCCCACAGGGCCUUUUUCAGAGAUACAACAGCCCUUCCUGAAACAGGUCUUUCCUGUUUUGUUUUUUGUCUCCUAACAAUGAGGUUCGGGGAACAAUUUGAAAUUCUGUAAUUGAGCCAAGUCCAACUGCUGAGAGGUAGACAGGAAGACAGAGAUAUCUCAGAUUUCAAACCUUUCCUGAAAUUGGCUGCUGAUAAAGUUCUUCCUUUUUCUUUGAUCCUUUACCCUAAAAAUUCAAAUUUCGUACAGCAGGCUGUAUAGGUCUAAACAAAUUCUAAAUAUAUCAGCUUAAAUCACCAAAUCAACUAGGGAACUACUGGAAUUUCUUGGAUUCAACAAAUGGCAGUUUUGAAAUGCUUAGGGUUAUUUGCACAUAACAUGCUCAUUUAAAGCCAAGGUAGUACCAUCCACCCACAACCUUCAGGUACAAGUGCUCUGAAAGUUAUCUAAAGGUUAAUAUGUUGAUAAUGUAUUUCCAUUAUGUUUUUCAGCAGGUGUGACAAUGUUCUCACAAAUGUGUGGGACCAGUGCCUGGACUGGAGCUGGCUCAUAAUGAAUCCAGGGCAUGAAAAGGAUGCAGUUGAAAAUCAAGAGCCUUGGCUCUGCUUCAUCCUAUUGUCAGCUGUACAUUACAUUUUAUAAUGUCUCUGAAGUUGUUGGAUUCACCAUCUCAGAUUCCUAGAUAGUAGCAACAGCAGGAAAUGUCUCCUGAGGAGGAAGCUGAACAUUUCCCUCCUACAUAAAUGCAGUCCUGCUUGUCACCGCGGGCUGAAACUGAUGGCAGGAAAACUCCAGUUUAGGGCUAGGACAGCACCCCUUUCCUCACUGGUUAGCCAGCUGGGAUCCUCACCUUGCCUUGUGCUAGUCUGGGGCUGGCAGCCAUUUACAACAUUGGGGAUUGACAAGUAGCUGAGAAACAAUUGUUGCAGCCUACACAGAUGUCACAGCUAAACCCCCCUGUGUCUCACUGUCUGUGGAGAGGCAGAUCCAAAGUGUUCUGGUGCAUGAAGGAUGAGUCCACCUUGGACUUAUUCUCACAAUGUAUUAAUGAUGUGUUUGUGCACAAGGAAAAGCUGCCUUAUAGCACAAGACAAGACACAACAGGCCAGCAAAUCUCUUUUCAAAUUCACAGUACAUCCGAUCUAAACGAGAGAGAGUUUAAUUUGGUCAACGAAGUAUUUUCAUGUAAUUUUUCCUCUAGACAUCCUAGCAACACUCUCAAAAGAUGCUAGACGCAGUGCAAUAAAUUUGUUCUACAGCACUGUGGGAGGAGACAACUGGCUGCAGUCUCAGAUGGUACACAGAAUUCCAGUGGGUUAUGUCAGGAAAGCAUGACGUUAAAGGGACGUUAGGAAAAAAAAAAGAAGAAAAAAAAUCAUAAUAGACACUGAAUUAAAUGAUAGCAGCUUUCUACAACAAAGUGUGUAGACCCCACCCAGCAUCUAUUGUAGAGGAAGGAAGGUGUCUGUUAAACUCAAAGGUUGUAAGAGGAAUAAAAAAAGUAGGACAGGGAGGAUGAGCAAUACAGUUUAAUGUUUCUCCCAGCAAAACCUCAGGGGAUAAAGAUUACUGCUGCAAAAACUUCCAUGGUAGUAAAAGCCUCUGGCUGCAGAAGUUGUUUAUAACAAAGGUGUGUUAACAGCUUAUAGACUUCAGCUGAAAAGAACUCUGACAUUUUACUGAAAUUUCAGUUGCAGAAACCUUUUUUCUCACAAAAAGCCUCUGCAUACAAAAAUUUUAUUUAGCGGUUAGUUGCACUGGGACUUUGGCUGUGAGACACCAUAUGCUGUAUGCUGGCCUUGUCCUGAUAACACCCUGCUUUUAUGUCCGGACAGUUGAGCUCAUUGCCUGGCUAUUGCAGUAUACAUCACAUCAAUUUCUGAAAUCAAAAUGUUUCAGACACGAUGGCAUUAGAUGCUUACUGGAUCUAAAGGACUCUCCUCAGCUGCUUAAUUGCAAUUGAUCUGUUUCAAACAAGGCAAGAAUUAUUAAAUAAUUAUGUUUUCCACAGACAUGCACUUUUUUGCUUGAAAGGUUUUGGUGUGCUCUGUGCAAACAUGAUUCAGCUUCUGAAUUGCUUGAUAUUUCAAAUCAAAGUUGGCAUGAUUCAUGAACUGUGCACAAGCGGUGGGGUUGGAUUUCUGACGCAAAAGAUCGCUGGGGAGAGUUCAGGCUUGAAACAUCUGUGAGCAUUCCUGCUCACAAACUCAUUCACUGGCAUAUUUGCGCAAAGUGAAGAAAGAGGGUCAGAGUCUGCUUGAAAGCUUUUACAGACAUGAAGAAGUACUCAAGAGCACUUGUGUCAGUAUUUACACAAGGGCUUUUUACUGUUUCACGCCUACUUCCUAAAUGAUUGAGGCCAAAGAGGAUAAAGCUCUCUCCUGCUUGUAGUUCCUUUCUGCAGUCCUCUCCUCUGGCUAUUCCUUUUUCACCGAGAAAAACACUGGGAAGUUGUAAUUCAAUAGCAUAAACAGAUUCAGCAACAAAUGAGCAGUGUGCUGUGCAGAGGUUGAAAACAGAUGGGACAGACCUCGCUGGGGGAUGUGUGAGGCAAAGUGUAGCCCAGACUAAUAAAUUCUCCUCUUCUGGCUCUGCACGGUGCUGCUCAAGUGUCUCAGCACUUGUGGAGCUGUGGUUUGGCCCUAACUAGCCCGGUUUAUUUGUUCAUUUGCAGCACCAGGGUGCCCUGGGUGAGGCAGCAAGAAGGGCAGAGCGGCUGUGCAGCCCAGGGAGGCAGCUGAAAGGAGAAUGCAAGGUGUGUCCUCAGCCAUCCAAGAAGCCCCAGGAAUGUGAGCAGAGGCCCCUCCAGUUGCAGGGGAUGGCCCUUCCUGUGCCUUGAGGAAGAAGGAAGAUCAUCUGGCAAACUGUAUUUUUCCCCUGUAACUUCCUCAUUAGAAAUGUGGUUUUCAUGUCCCUUCCUCCACCAGCGAGGAAAGCGAGCUUCAUUCCUGGCGGCUGCUGGCUCCAGCAGAUGGAGAGCCACUCAGGCAGGGCUGCAAAUCACUGCAGAGCCUGAAUAGCCCUUCAGCUUUAAAAUGGUAACCUGAUAGAGGCAAGUGCACACAGGGACCGUAUCAGUAGUUAAACAGCGUGCUUUUAUGAACAGUGAAAGAUAGCUGUUCACAUAACUCAUUCACAUAAGUGAGAUGCCUUGAGAUGUGUGCUUAAUGAAUACCUCAGAGGAAGUCAGAUAAUUUUGGAGGCUUACCAGUUACUUGCAUUGCUUUAAAGGAGUGACCACGCAUAAUCUCAUCACAUUCCUUAGCAGGAAUCAGAACCACUUCACUCUGUGAUAUCCCAGGCUCUGUGCAGGGACUCACAGAGGCUCUUUGUUGGUUCAGAUACUCUGUGUGUGCUUUUGGCAAAGGCUUUCUCCUCACAGCUCUGGAGUUUGAAGUAGCUAUGUUAUCGUGCAAGAUGACAGGCACAAAACUCAUAGUUAGCAUCAGGUCCAUACUGCUAUUAAAGUAAAAAAAAAAAAAGAAACAUAAGAAAACUGCACUCUCAGUGGAUGAGGAAUCUCUGAAAGGCUGCAGCUCAAGAGCAGUCAGCAUGGCCAUGCAAAACCUCGCUGAUGUACCUGAAGUUGGAAAGCACCCAGAAAGUAGACACAACUUCCUGGAGAAAACGCUCCUCCUUUUUCCCACGAAGGCAGCCCCACUUCCCACUCACAUCUGCCUCAAUCAGAGCACAGAGGCUGCACACAGACACCUGGAGCCUCCCAGAGCUUUUGCUUCCGGCAGAUUUCUGAACCAAUCCACCACAGACAGGCCCGGUCAAGCAAGGGACAGCUUUAGCACUGACUUUGCCAGCGUAACAGUCCAGCGAGCGA